AGUAGCGAGGCGAGAUCGAGAGGCUCAAAACAAAACACCAGCAGGGUCCAGUGGUUCAAGGCCGAGUUAAUCUAGGAAAUUAAGGUGGCAGGAUGCAGCUCAUGAUCCGCGGGUGCAUUCGGCACUGAAAGCGAGCCGACCAUGGCUUUGGCUCUCAUAAAGAGGGUCUUCAAAAAGUACCCCUUGGUGGCAAACUGUGGGGUAUAUGGCACCCUGUACGUCGGAGCCGAACUGUCGCAGCAGACCAUCAACAAGAAGUUCCUUGCCCCUAUUCCAGAACCCUAUGACCAAGGUACCCUGGCGAGAUAUGGAGUUGUUGGCACCUUUAUUUAUCCCACUAUUCUCUUCAACUGGUACAAGUGGUUGGACGCCCGGUUUGUGGGUACCGCCGCGCCUAUCAUUGUGAAAAAACUCCUCUUGGACCAAUUUUUACUGACGCCACCACUUCUUGUUAUCUUUUAUGCAAGCAUGAGUAUUAUGGAGCGCAAAGGUGAUAUACUUGAAGAGUGCAGAAACAAAAUUAUUCCCACCUUCAAGACAAGUUGUAUGUUCUGGCUUCCAGCACAAAGCAUCAACUUCAUGUUGGUCCCACCCGCAGCUAGAGUGGUGUAUGUUGGCUCGUGUGCUUUCAUCUGGGUCAACAUCUUGUGCUGGUUCAAGCGACAAAAUUAUUAAACCCUGAAUGCCCAAAGCAAGAGCUUUAAUGUUAUAAAAAAUUAUUUGAUUGCUUAUUUCUUUGCAAAAUUCUCACUAAGCAGUAUUAUCGCAAAUGAGUCAUGCGCUCACUAAAUGCUUUUAGACGUUUAAACGCAAGUCACCUGCUAAAAAAGCUUAUUAAUGCGAAACGUCUUCAAUUAUUCAUUUUCAGUAAUUUUAAGUUAUUUUUAUGUUUAUCCCAUUUUUUAACUGUAGAAAAGAUUAUACCAAUUUUAUUUACGGAAAAUUUAUAUCUUCAUUAUUUUAUUUGUUAUUUUUUUUUUUAUCAAUUUAAACACGAUUUUUCUACGAUUAUAAGUCAUAAAUGAACACAGAAUAAAAAUUAUAUGUAAAUGUUGCAAAUAUUGUGAAUUUUUGGGGAUGCUUUACAAUAAAAAUGUACGCAAUGAAAAGAUAAUAACGA